CACUCAGAGCCGGUUUCGUUUCGUUUCGUUUCCUCCAUCGUCCAGGAGCUUCCUUGUCCGAACGGAUUCCGGAGCACCCACGACUAGGCUCUUCCUGCGUCCCGGCAACAUUCGAAACCUGAGGCCGGCGCUAAACGAUCAGAUUAGAGAACUCGACGGCAUGGCGAAAACCCAAAACGCCAUCCUAGGCCUCUCCGGCUCUCCCUGUCCAGUGUAUGGGUCCGCCCAACGUGCCGACGUUGCAAACAUCGCAGUUGGCAGCGAUGUUUUGUUUUUUGUUUGUUUUUUUUUAAAAAAAAAAGAAGAAGAAGGAGAAGUUCCAUUUGGUGCCAGUAGUACAUGCAAAUGCAAUGCCACUUCACCGCGCAGCGACCGAGUGACACUCUCCCCUGGUCCUAGCAUUUUGUUACGAGCAUCAUCAUCAUCUGAAAACAACCCCAACUCCGGCUAAUAACUACGCACGCACGGCCGACGCCACCGCCAAGAUUAGCAGAACAGAACCCGCAGGAUUAACCAGGCCACCCCCGCGCUCCAGGCUCCCCCCUCUCCGCGCGAUCGCCAUCGCAGCAAUGCCUCCCCCUCCGCCGGCGGCCGCCCGCAGCAGGGGGCGGUGCAGCGCGCUCAGCUUCGCGGCGGCGCGGGACCGCUGCUUCAGCCACCGGUUCCGCAGGGCGGGGCUGCGCCCGCUCGCCGUGCCGCUCCCAGCGCCAGGCCCGGACCCCGACCCAGACCCGGCCACCACGGUCCACAUGUGGGUGCCCGCGGGCCCGCCGCCGCGGAACCCGCUGCUUCUCCUGCACGGCUUCGGCGCCUCCGCCACGUGGCAGUGGGCGCCCUACCUCCGCGCGCUGAUCGCCGCCGGGUUCGACCCCAUCGUGCCCGACCUCGUCUUCUUCGGCAACUCCUGCACGCGCCUCCCCGACCGCUCCGACGCCUUCCAGGCCUCCGCCAUCAAGGCCGCCAUGGACGCCAUCGGGGUCCCCAGGUUCGGCCUCGUCGGCGUCAGCUACGGCGGCUUCGUCGGCCACCGGAUGGCCGCCAUGUUCCCGGAGGCCGUCGACCGGGUCGCCUUGGUCUGCGCGGGGGUCUGCCUCGAGGAGAAGGACCUGGCCGAGGGACUCUUCCCCGUGGCUGGGGUCGGGGAGGCCGCCGACCUGCUCGUGCCGCGCCGACCGGAGGAGGUGCGCCGCCUCGUCCGCCUCACCUUCGUGCGCCCGCCGCUCAUCAUGCCCUCCUGCUUCCUCUGGGACUACAUCAGGGUGAUGGGCUCUGAUCAUAUCCAGGAGAAGACUGAGCUGCUAUAUGCUUUGAUUAAUGGGAGACAACUCUGUACUCUUCCAAAAUUGACCCAGCCGACGCUUAUAAUCUGGGGGGAGCAAGAUCGGGUGUUCCCAAUGGAGCUGGCUCACAGAUUGAACAGGCAUCUAGAGGGGAAUUCUCGAUUAGUUGUCAUAAAAAAUGCUGGGCAUGCAGUCAAUAUUGAGAAGCCCAAGGAAGUGUGCCGGAACAUCAUAGAGUUUUUCAAGGAGCCGGUUGCUGGAGCUGCAAACGUGGACGACAAGGUGUAGCUCCCACCAAUGGCGGACAGGUCUUCGCUAGGCAUCAGCAGACAGCAGACCCAACCACGGCAGAUACGUGUACAUCUCUCCGCCAUUGUCUGAUGCAGUAGAGUCAUUGGAGUAGCGAGAGCUUUUUACCUGUAUGACAUUAUGAAAGAUCGACCAAACUAGGAAGCCACUAAAAAGUUGUUUCGCACCGUUAUACCCAACUUCAUCUUCGGCUAUACCCGUGUGCCAUUCCGUCCAUUUUGAAGUCUAACGGCAGUUAAGUGGCCUGGCAAUAGACUUGAAUGCCCCUGGGCUACUUGGUCUCGACAACAAAAAUUUUUUGUCCCCAGUGCCACUGACUGCCAAUUUUGGAUACCGCUAUGAACGAGCCAAUCAAAAUACCGUGUGCCACUAACGGCCUAUUUUGGAUACUACCAUGGUAAAUGCAGGAUAUGGUGUAUGGUUAAAAUACAGUGUGUCAAAUUUUCGUGUAUAUUUAAUGCUCCAUAAAUA